AAUCCCAUGGCCCAGAUCUCAUAGCAUGUAAUUCUGAGUCGGGCGGAAUGGCAAGGCAAACCUCUUCCCCCAAAAAUCGUUUUUUUUUUCCCCUUUCCUCCUUGUAUAAAUAUCUAACCUAAGCUCGUCUUCUUAACAGCUCUCUUCCAGUUCAAAAACCUUAUCUUUUGGGCAAAGCAGAAACAAAAGCUAAAAAGAAAAGAAGCCAUGUCUGCAACAUCUGCCUCAUCUCUCAUACUUCCAUCUCUCAAACUCAAAACCUUUUCUUUAUCCAACCCAAGACCCAUUUCACUUUCUCUCUUCUCUCUUUCCCACAAGCUCCAUGCAAAGCCUCUCUUCUGUUCUGCUCUUCAAAGUUUCGGGCUUUUAACCAAAAAGUCCUCUUCUUCUGCUUCUAAGUUUGUUAGAAACGUUGCCGUUUCUUCUGAUUAUGGUCAGGAAGAAGAGCUAUUCGGGGGUGAUGACGGAGAAGGGGCUCCUAGUUUCUCCCCUGAGUUGCAACUUUUUGUGGGUAAUCUUCCUUUUAGUGUGGAUAGUGCCCAGCUUGCUGAUUUGUUUGGAAGUGCUGGAAAUGUUGAGAUGGUUGAGGUGAUAUAUGACAAGGCAACUGGGAGAAGUAGGGGAUUUGGUUUUGUAACCAUGUCCACAAUGAAGGAAGUUGAAGCUGCUGCUCAACAGUUCAAUGGCUAUGAAUUGGAAGGGAGGGCAUUGAGGGUAAACUCUGGACCUCCUCCUCCUCGUAGGGGAGAAUUUUCUCCUAGAGGGGCAAGAGAUGCUGCAACUAUGCGUGCUUCUUCUCCCAGAGGGGCAAGAGUUGCUGCAACUAUGGGUGCUUCAAAUCGUGUCUAUGUUGGUAACCUUUCAUGGGGUGUUGAUGAUUUAGCACUUGAGACCUUGUUCGCCAAGCAAGGCAGUGUUGUGGAAGCAAAAGUCAUUUAUGACAGGGAAAGUGGCAGAUCAAGGGGUUUUGGCUUUGUAACUUACAAUUCUGCUGAAGAGGUGGACAGUGCCAUUAAAUCCUUGAAUGGUGUUGAUUUGGAUGGCAGACCAAUUCGAGUCACUGUGGCAGAGUCUAGGCCAAGGCGUCAAUUUUGAGUGUGAAUGUUUCCUACUGGGACACCUAGAAUGUGCAGCUGGAAACUGGCGGCUGCAGCCUCUUGCCGUUCCUGGGAAUCUGCAAACAUCCUUCUUGUACCAGCUGCACUUUUCAUUGUCUGCGCUUAGACUAGAAAGAGCCUAUAAUGAGCUGAUAAUAUUCAUUGAAAUAUUCUCGUUAUAUGUUUUAAGUAUCAUGAUUCAGUAACUAACAUCUAAGCCUAAUGUUUUGCUUCAUUUGAUAAGAGUCGCUUCAAAAUUAUUGACUUGUUUUGCUCCCUGUAUAUCUUGAGCUGGAAGAAGGCCUAAGCUUGUUGGAUGAAUCGCACUUAAAGCAAAACCUGGUCCUAGAUUCCAAAAUUUAUAGAUGUUUGGAUUUAUAAGAGCAAUAUGAAUUUCGAGGGGUUCUUAUUCAUUUUGCUGGGUUGUAGAGAUGUGUGAAUGAGUCAUUCUUUAUUUGAGAGGUUCAUCGAUUGUGCCAAUGCAUCAACUUUUGUUUCGUUAUUGUCGAGGAUGUCCUAUACUGGACUUGGUUAGAUCCAUGUCAGAAGUGAAAACUUCUGGCGAUAAUGGCGCUCAAUCCAUAUGGUUUGGAACUUGGAUGGCUUUGCUGAUGUCCACUAUCUAUGCUCUCUCUUGCAGUAGUAACUGCCUGUUCAUGUGACUGACAGGGACAAAGAUAUGUUGGUUUCCUUUCUGUUUUCCUGUUCUCUACAGAACUCUUGCAUUCCUGUUGAGGCAUACGAUCUUUUGGAAAGGGCUAUAGACUUGGAGGUGUACUGGUGCGCUAGGCUUUUUAGAUUGGGAGAAGGACAUGUCUUUCUUGAAUGACCCAGUGGCUGCUCAAAGACCAAACCCACAAAAAUGGGUCUUAGGUUAGCCCCUAUAUGGGGCCAAAGUUUAAACCCUAGGCCCAUAGAGAGAUCCAACUUAGCCUUCCAUUUUGGUUUCGGGUCCUGCUCAUUGUCCAUAACCCUUGGAUGAUUACAAUGCAAAGUUCAA